AUGGGCAUGUGUGUGCCGCAGCAGGUGUUUAUGAAGAUACUGGGGGCCAUGGAGUCUCAGGUUGGGGGGGGGCCGGCCGGCCCGGCCCUGCCCAACGGGCCACUCCUUGGGACAAAUGGAGCCACUGAUGACAGCAAGACCAACCUCAUCGUCAACUACCUACCCCAGAACAUGACACAGGACGAGUUCAAGAGUCUCUUCGGCAGCAUUGGGGACAUCGAAUCCUGCAAGCUGGUUCGGGAUAAGAUCACAGGGCAGAGCCUGGGCUACGGGUUUGUGAACUACUCUGACCCCAAUGAUGCAGACAAAGCCAUCAACACCCUCAAUGGCCUCAAAUUGCAGACAAAGACCAUCAAGGUGUCCUAUGCACGCCCCAGUUCUGCCUCUAUUCGAGAUGCUAACCUGUACGUCAGUGGCCUCCCCAAGACUAUGAGCCAGAAGGAGAUGGAACAACUCUUCUCCCAGUAUGGUCGCAUCAUCACUUCCAGAAUCCUGCUGGACCAGGCCACAGGUGUCUCUCGGGGUGUGGGAUUCAUCCGCUUUGACAAGAGGAUCGAGGCUGAGGAGGCCAUCAAGGGACUGAAUGGGCAGAAACCACUAGGUGCGGCUGAGCCAAUCACGGUCAAAUUUGCAAACAACCCGAGUCAGAAGACAGGGCAGGCCCUGCUCACCCACCUGUACCAGUCCUCUGCCCGGCGCUACGCGGGUCCUCUGCAUCAUCAGACACAGCGUUUCCGGCUGGACAAUUUGCUCAACAUGGCCUAUGGAGUCAAAAGGUUCUCCCCAAUCGCCAUCGAUGGCAUGAGUGGCCUGGCAGGUGUGGGCUUGUCCGGAGGCGCGGCAGGCGCUGGCUGGUGCAUCUUCGUGUACAACCUGUCCCCGGAAGCUGAUGAGAGCGUGCUGUGGCAGCUUUUCGGACCUUUUGGGGCAGUCACCAAUGUCAAGGUCAUCCGGGAUUUCACCACCAACAAGUGCAAGGGCUUCGGCUUCGUCACCAUGACCAACUACGACGAGGCAGCCAUGGCCAUCGCCAGCCUGAAUGGCUACCGCCUGGGUGAGCGUGUGCUGCAGGUGUCCUUCAAGACCAGCAAGCAGCACAAGGCCUGAGCACUUACCGCCCUCCCUCCCUGGGCAGCAGAGAGAGAGAAUGAGAGCGGGAGAGAGAGAGUGAGAAAGAGAGAGAAAGAGCGUGACUGUAAGAGCAGGAAGACCCACACACUUGCAAAAAAACACCACAGGGUGAGCAUCGGGAUGGGGAGGGUCUGCAGGGAAUUGAGGGGGAGGGGUCCCCCCAUCCUCCCUGCUUUCCCCACCCAGCUGGGGCUUGUUCACUCUCUCGUCUUGGUUUGGUUCACGGUGAUGGCUUUUGUUUCUUUUUUUGGCUAAAAACAAAAAGAAGAAAGCAGAGAGGAGACCCCCCCAUCCCACCUCACCCUCUCCACCCUGCAUGGGAUGGCUCAGGGGACACAGCAGUGCUCCACCCAGGCCUCCUUUGCCCAGGCCUGUCCUAUACCGAGAGAAAGGGGAGGGAACAGGUUUAAAAAUCCCCAAAACAGCAAAAAACAUGAAAGAGGGGUGUGGGCCUCCCCAUUCCUGGCCCCAGUCCCUGGGCAGAAUACAGGGAGCAGGGUUGGGGCAGGGUAGGAAGCAGAAACAAAACGAAAAAAAAAAGGGUGGGGUGGGGUGGGAGGGGAAGAAAAACUCUAUUUUUGUAAAAAGGGAAAAAGACCUCGUGGAGAAUUUUUACUGGGGAUUCUUGAACUUGAAAAAAAAAUCACAAAAAAAAGACAAAAAAAAAAAAAGAAACUAUUUUGGCAAGUUAUGUUUACCAACUAACUGGGGCGGGGGUGCAGGGAGCAGGGCUGAGGGUUUGAAAGUCCAUAGGGCUGCCAGUGCGCGCGCAUACACACACACACACACACACACACACACACACACACGAAGACAAGAGGGACAUAUACUUGGACCUUGGAGACACAGAUACACAACACAUACAGAAACAUUUCAGGAUACAUUCAGGAAGGUGACCAAAGCCACAAGAGAGGAUGGAGACACACGGACCCUUAGGGCUGUGUAGACAUAGAUACAGACAUUGGCUGCUUGUCCACAAAACCAUGUGACAUGUGAAAGCCACUGCCACAGAUCCAUUUGGAUGUAGGAAUCUGGACACAAGUUUCCAAAGAGAGCCAGGGCUGCCGUCGGUUGGUGGACCUGGGUUCAGCCCAGUACUGCAGCAACCUGGAGCAGUGGUGCACAUCCCUUGUUCUUCCUAGUACUUGAGAGGCGGAGGCAGAAGAUCAGGUCAAGACUAGCCUUGGCUACAUAGUGAGUUUAGGUUAGCCUGGGCUAUAUAAGACCCUGUCUCAAAAAACAAAAACAAAAAUAAACAGGUCACCUAGAAACAUACAACACCUAGGGACAUACACCCAUGUCCGCAGCAUCCUACACGUCACCUAGAUACAUACAACACCUAGGGACAUACACCCAUGUCCGCAGCAUCCUACACGUCACCUAGAUACAUACAACACCUAGGGACAUACACCCAUGUCCGCAGCAUCCUACACGUCACCUAGAUACAUACAACACCUAGGGACAUACACCCAUGUCCGCAGCAUCCUACACGUCACCUAGAUACAUACAACACCUAGGGACAUACACCCAUGUCCGCAGCAUCCUACACGUCACCUAGAUACAUACAACACCUAGGGACAUACACCCAUGUCCGCAGCAUCCUACAGGCCCAGACAAGACGUUCCUACUGGAGACCCUGACCCAGUUACUUCCUCCAGCCAGGCUGGUCCAGCUACUUCUCCCUGGGCCCCCAAUAAGCCCCAGCCCCAGGUUCUCUGCACAGACUCCUUAGCCCACCAGGGGCCUCCCUGCUGCCCACACAUACGGCGUCCAUGCAUCCAAACACACAAUACCUCGUUCUACUUUGGCAUCACCGUGGGCUGGAGGGGGCUCUCACUCCCCACAACACUGAGGCCAAAGGACCCCUACCCCUGGGACUCAGCCCCCCUGGGUCCAGGGGGAGGUCUGCAGUCUCCUCCCUCAACCAGGGCCAGUGUGCUCCCCACUGCAGCAAGCACCCAGAACAUCCCCCAGACCCAGGGGUGUCCCCACAUCCCUUCCCAUCAGCGUGUCACCUUUUGAUUGUUGGGUAUUUUUGUCUUUCUGGACUGUGGGGGAACCAUGGAUGCAGCCUUCAUGAGCCCUGGCCCUGGCUUCUGAC